AUGAAAUACUUUGAGUCUCCUAAAUUAAUUUGGUGGAUUAUUAUUCCUACAUGUAUUAUCUAUUUAUUUCUUAUGGUUCAUUGGCCAUAUGUAAUACCUUUUAAAUCGUUGGGUUUAUUUGGUGAUUUAUCAUAUUAUUUAAUAUCGAAUUAUCGUCUUUUACUUUUCAUAAUUCUAUGGGCUACUUUUAUUGCACAUUUUUGUGAAGCAUUAAUUGCACGUCGAAUUUGUCGACGGUUUAAUAUUGAUCAAGAAUCAACAUAUUUAUGGAUAAUACAAACAUUUAUUUUAGGAUUUCCUUCAUUGACUAUACUUAGACGAUAUGUACGUCGAAUAUUAUGGUAG